UAAUUAGUGUACGCCUACUGAAGAACUACUGACUUUAUUAUUAUUUAAGAAAUGUCAGAACAACCUCAGGUGGAAUUAUUUGUGAAGGCUGCGAAUGAUGGGCAGAGCAUCGGAAACUGUCCCUUUUCUCAGCGCCUCUUCAUGGUCCUCUGGUUAAAAGGAGUCACGUUUAAUGUAACUACAGUUGAUAUGAAAAAAAAGCCAGAUAUAUUGAAGGAUCUGGCACCUGGGGCACAGCCCCCUUUCUUGCUGUUUGCUGGUGAAGUCAGAACAGACACCAAUAAGAUAGAAGAAUUUCUUGAGGAGACAUUGUGCCCACCCAAAUAUCCUAAACUCGCGUGCCGAAACCAAGAAUCAAACACAGCUGGACUUGACGUUUUUGCAAGAUUUUCUGCCUACAUCAAGAAUUCCAAUCCAGCACCUAACCAGAGUGUGGAAAAAGGUCUUUUGAAGGCAUUGAAGGUACUUGAUAUCUACCUUAACACUCCCCAAAUAGAUGAAAUUGAUGAGAACAGUGCAGAAGAUGAGCCUGUCUCAAACCGCAAGUUCCUAGAUGGUAAUGAGCUGACACUGGCUGACUGCAACCUCCUCCCUAAGCUCAACAUAGUGCAGGUGGUAUGUGAACACUUUCGGGGUUUCAAGAUUCCAGCAGAAUUUACUGGAAUCCAUCGCUAUCUGCAGAAUGCUUAUAAACGGGAAGAAUUUGCCAGCACUUGUCCUGAUGCUGCUGAAAUUGUACGUGCAUAUGCCGAGGUGGCUAAACCUCUAAAAUAAAAAGAAAAUAGAGGUCUCGUAUUUAAUAACAUUGUAAAAAUGCCUUGCUUCUAUUUCUAAAAGAAGGCAGACCACCAUACCAGGCCAGCUUGCUGUUUGGCAUGGUCCUAUUCUACCACUUUUAUAUUCUUCUCUAUAUAGGGAAUGCUAUUUCAUUGCCCAGGGUCUAUGACAGACAGCAGUCAUUUUGAUGGCGACAUCUAUCUCAGAGUUGUUUUUACUUGCUGAGGUUGUUGUCAUUUAUUGUCAUUACUGACAUAUUAUUCACCUACAAUUAGAAAAUCAAUGUCAGCUUUAUUUAAAUUAUAGAUCACAUUUUACCCACGGAAUAGAUCAGCAGAACAUCACCUCCACACCUUCCUCUACUUGCUUAACCUAGACUGCAGUUAUAUUUUUUGUAUUUAGUAGUGUGGGGCAAAGAUUUAAAUACCACAUUGUCUUUUUCACUGCGUAAUCUUGUAUAUUUAAUUUACUGAGUACUACAUGCUGAGUAUUCAUGUUUAUAUUAAAAGGAAUUUUCUCCAAAAAA